GAGGAGGAGGAGGAAGAGGAAGAGGAGGGAGGAAGAGGAAGAGGGAAUCCUGCUACGAUGCACGGAGGCUGUAAGGAGACGCUCCCCGGGUCUCCGGAGCUCAUGAGGCGGGUCCAAAAUCCGCAGAACCGCCGGGGGGAUCCGGGUUUCCAUCUGUACUGCCAGGAAAACACAGCAUAGCUUCGGCUGCAGGAGAGAGGCUCGGCUCGGUGUCCAAAUCCCGGCGUCAUCUCACUGAAGCAUCGGCGGUGGCGCUGGAUCCUCUGUCGGGUUGCAUCUAUGCUAUAUUCUCCACUUUUCAUUUGAUCAUGAGCACAGAGGAGGGAGAGGCGCGUGGAGGGGAGGAGGCGAAGGGGGGCGAAAACUUCCCCCACAGCCACACCUGGGGGGAAGGAGAGCCUCACGGUGGCGAGGAAAGACGCCUGCACCCCGGGGAAGAGAAGGAGGAAGAGCCGGGUGAGGAAGAGGAGGCCCGGAGAUGCAGGGAUGCAUGUGAGGGGAACAACGGGGGGCAUUUCUCCCGCGUGGAAGAGGAGGAGGAAGUGGGGGUUUUGGGGGGGAAAUCGUGCAAGGAGCAGACGAUGCAUUCAAACAGCAGCAGUGACACCUGCAUCCCGACCCCCAGCUGCAGGAUCUGCUUCCAGGGAGCCGAGCAGGGCGCCCUGCUGAACCCGUGCCGCUGCGACGGCUCGGUGCGCUACACCCACCAGACCUGCCUCCUGAAGUGGAUCAGCGAGCGCGGCUGCUGGACCUGUGAACUCUGCUGCUACCGCUUCAGCGUCAUCGCCAUCAACACCAAGAACCCCUGGCAGUGGCAGCCGAUCACCAUCACGCUGGUGGAGAAGGUGCAGAUCAUCGCGGUGUUCCUGGGCUCUCUCUUCCUGGUGGCCAGCAUCUCCUGGCUGCUGUGGUCGGCUCUCAGCCCGCAGGCCGUGUGGCAGCGCCGCGACGUGCUCUUCCAGAUCUGCUACGGCAUGUACAGCUUCAUGGACCUGGUCUGCGUAGGUUUGAUCGUCCAUGAGGGGGCGGCGGUGUACAGCGUGUUCCUGCGCUGGCGGGCCGUCAACCUGCACUGGGACGUCCAGAGCUACAACACCAAGGACCUGGAGGAGACGAGCACCGGCCAAUCGGCACUCUCCCCCAGGACGCUGUGGUUACCAUUGACUACCUUUGCACCCGAUGGCCCUUUACGCCCCGGCACCCAGCUGGAGGUCCAGCCAUGGAGCUGCCUCUGUUUGGGGCCCUUUUGCCACGGUUUGGGGCCCCGCAACCCCCUGAGGCGGGACAGGGACUCGGGGCAGGAGGUCAUCCGGGUGACGUCGGUGUGACACCAGGCAUCGGGAUUAGUGCUCCUGAUGGUUUGCACUGGGCACUUUUGUGGAUUUACUACUUUUUUUUCUAGAUAAGUUUGAAUGUUGCUCCGAGGCCGGUUCUCCCUAGACCUUUGUGCAGUAUUUAUGUCGUGUUGGGUGGAAAAUAGUCAUGGAAAAGAUUGUAAGAUUAACAACGUGUGACCAUUUUCAUUAUCAUACAACUCAUCAGGGUUUAAGACGGCACGAUUGCUGAAUGAAGUCAACACAUGGAUUUUACUACAUUUUUUCGCAGUUCGACCAGAUGUCUUGAAAAAUGUGAAACGGUCCCCAAACGAUAGGAUGUUUGUCCCCAAGAUUAGACUAAAGCCAAGUAUAUAGUUAGAUAGUCUUAAAGUUACAACCAACCAUAAUGCUGAUGUGGCCCGCGAUGACAUUGAGUUUGACCCCCUGCUCUAGACCUUUGUGCAGUAUUUAUGUCGUGUUGGGUGGAAAUAGUCAUGGAAAAGAUUGUAAGAUUAACAACGUGUGACCAUUUUCAUUAUCACACAACUCAUCAGGGUUUAAGACGGCACGAUUGGCUGAAUGAGAGUUCAUCAAAGCACUUACAUUUGGCUAAAAUGACCAUAGAUGAUUGGAUUUGAGGAAUCUCUUGCAUCGUCUGGCACCAGGUCAGAUGAUAGGAUGUAAGAGCUUUAAGAAAGUGUUACUGGGACAAUGAUUUGAAGAAGUAUUAAAGGAAGUUGCCACAUGAACACGGCACAAGUUCUUCAACAACUCCUAUAAAGUAUUAUACAAUAUAUGAGAUGUUUCUGCAACAUCUUAGUUUUGAAAGCACUGCAGUUCCCAUUAAGAAAGAACAGCAAAGGUUCUUUGAAAGCUAGCCGUUAUAACAGUAGCAUUUAAACAUAAUAUUCUUCAAUGCAGAUCAACCAGAUGUGUUGAAAAAUGUGAAACAGUCCUAAAUGAUGGGAUGUCCCUGCGUCUGUCCCAAGGUAGACUAAAGCCAUUCUGAUCAAUUAUAAUCUGAUUAAGAAUGAAAUAGUGAUCAUGAUGAAACAUGUCCGAGCCUACAUGUCUGUUUUUAGAGUUUAAAGCUUUGACUUCUCUUGCUGUGUUUCCGGAUAAUCCUGUUUCGCGUUUUCUCUACGAAUAAUCCUACCUUUUGAAAAACCAGAAGGAAGCAGAAUUCAGCGACUAACACGGAUGGCAUGAGCACAACACAAACAAUGCAGGCAUCAAAUCUUGGACUUCUUUUGAAUGUCAUUGGAACUUGAUCUCAGAUUAUUUGUGCCAGCAUGGAUACAGAUGUUGAACAUGGUGGAUUUCAUCCUUUGCCUUUCUGUUGAGCUUCCAGGAGCCCUGUGUUGUUUGGGAGGGUGUUUUUGUUGUUGUUGGGGUCUCUGUUCUCGACUCUGGGUCAUUUGGGUCGAUAGAUUUGUUUUGUGCCUUAGGAGGCUUGGUGACGUCC